AUGGCUUCGAAAAACAGAAUACAUCCCCGAACCGGCGAAGAAGAAUCGUUCAACAAACUGCGAACACCUCCACGACCGAUCCAUGGCCGAUCGAAUAAAGGUUUGGCACCUGAGGAUUACGAUGUGGGUUGGAUUUGUGCCCUUCCGGCUGAGUUAGCAGUAGUAACCGCCAUGCUGGAAUAUAUACACAAGCCGCUAGCCCGAAAACCUGGGGAUACAAAUAGCUACACUUUGGGAAGUAUUGGCACCCAUAACAUCGUCAUCGCAUGUCUUCCAAAAGCCUACUACAUCGAGACCGUUCUUGAUGGCGCCGUCACGGACAUGUCACGCAGCUUCCCAUCCAUCAAGAAAUGGCUCAUGGUUGGAAUUGGUGGUGGAGCUCCAACGCGCGAGACAGAUGUUAAGCCUGGCGACGUUGUUGUCGGCGAGGAGGUAAUCCGGUACGAGAUGGGCAAAACGCUGCCAAAAGGCGAGUUUUCUCGCAUAGGAUCUCGCACUCGACCCCCCCAAGCAGCUUCUUUUGCCAUAGCAGAGCUUCGAGCAAGUCAUACAAGAACUCAAAGCCAAGUACCAAAUAUCCUUUUCAAGAUGACCCAACACUCCCCGGAAAUGGCCACUCGAUAUCCGGAAUUCGUUAAAGAUCAGUUACCUUUGCAUGAUCUGACCCGGAGGCUGAGGGCAACUAAAUCUUUCCAUUCUACACGCCCUCUCCGAAUAUCUCCUCAAUAUUACCAAAUAUAUAAUCUUUACCAGGAUCAGGAUCGUUUUACUCCUGAAGACUUGCGUCAAUCUUUGUUGAGCUCGUUGAUGGGCCUCGCAGAACGUUCUUAUUUCAAAACCUCCCGAGAGGUUCACUUGAUUUAUGAAUCGGUAUGGGAUUAUCAUAUCAAAGAGAAUGGUAUACGCGAUUUAUGGCCUGACUGCCGGCAAGAUUUUGCAGCCUCUAUUCAUCACCGUUUCAAGGAAAGCGGCUAUCAGUAUAAGAGAGUAAACAUCGAACCUUUGAUCCCGCUAGCCUUGGAAAUCCAUUUUGAGUCGAAAAAACAAAAAGAUAUGCAGGCCAAGAUUUUGAACAGCUUCCCUCAACUUAAAAAUGACAAUUCGCAACUUUUUUGUCAUGCAGAGGCUGCAGGCCCGAUAAUACCGGAGCACGAGUUUGUCCAAUUUCUUCGUAUCGGAUCUUGGCUAAAGUUUCGCAAUUCAUUUGUGAAAAAUGACAAUCGUUGCCACAGUCAAGACACGAGUCAGAUGGACUUCCUGUGGCUCUUAUGGAUCGGAAUCGAACUGGGGCUUGACGUCCCGGACUCUCUAAUUUUCGCUGUAGUCAACGGCCCUAAGGAGGUUGUCAAAAUUCUUGUCGACAUAAUAGGUGGAGAUCUCGAAGCUUGUAGAUCCUGUCGUGAUAUAGCUCUGUGCUUAGCUACUGCCAAAUGGCAUGGGGCAGUGAUGAAGCUCCUUAUUGAUAAGGUAGCUCAUGUCGAGAGUCAGAAUAAGAUUGGCCACCGGGCCCUUCGUUUGGCAUCUCAGGGAGGCGACGAAACCUUGGUUAGGCUACUUCUGCGGGCUGGAGUGGAUAUCAAGGGGUGUAGCGAGGUUGACGAAAUAACCCUUCCUUGGGCCUUACGGUUACGGAAAAGAUGUGAAACACUGCUCAAAGUGUCUCUCGAGAACGAAGCGAAGUUUGCUGCAGUGCAUCGGCACGGUUACACGGACCCUCCAACUGACUCGGGAUAUGCUUCGUCCUCAAAGGGAAACAAAUCUGGUGACCCGGCUACCGAUCCCUCAUUUCAAGAAUCGACAAAUGAGUUUAUUGACGAUACGAACGCCACUAUAUAUCCAGACGCAUCUAGCACAACCUUUUCUAGGUGGGAGUAUUAUGUUUCGGAGCUGGCGGGCCUUCUGGCCAGCGAGAUUCGGUCUUUGUGCCUGAGCCGGGAGACACAGAGUCGGGUCUCAGAAGCCUUACCUGAGAUGCUCAGAGCUUUUGCGCUAAAGAUUGGCCAUGGAGCCUCUGAUAAGAUGCAUAGAGAUGUUAUGGCUUUUGUGCACAAACGAAGGCACGAGAUUGCUGCAGCUUUCGCGGACACUGGGUUUGACCGACAAACUAUUAUCAAGAAGGAAAUGCCCGACUUAGACGAUGUUUACAGGAAGGAACGCGUCAGCGACUGGGUCAACAGCGAAAAUUUCGAACAAACUAUGCCCGAGGAAGAUUAUUCGAACUCAGUCAACUGUCAACACAUGCCCAAGUCUACAAAGCAGAUUGAGGAGUCAGACGAAUCGGCUGAGGACGAAGAUGUGACUGAACCCUGGAUUCAGGAUUACUGUGAGUUUAUAAUUACAACCCCAGCUUUUAAAUGGCUCCUUGCACGCUUACGAAAUGAAAUUCGCCUUGUGCCGAUGGAACCAUACGGUAUGGAAAUGAUCGGUAAAGAGAUCAUGUCGGCACUCCCUUCUUCUCGUGUAAUUAGCAAGAGGAUGUCUUCUCAAAGCUACGGCGCAACAUUUGAGGUUGACUGGGACAUUUUUGAAUUCUUCGAAAAGCAAGGGUACUCGACACCACCGCAUGAAGCAUUUCGAGGCAUUGUCACUUUGACUGGGUCUUCUCUGGAUGCACAAGCGGCGACUUGCGCUCAGUAUCUAGGCCAGACUUGGCCUUCUACCGCGGAGGACAUUAUUGCUUUGAUGGAGGGGGUUCUUAAGGACAACCAGAGCGAUCCGCCACCACGCACGCUGUCAGAUGGAACGACACUUCGAGUCUAUGUGAGGAAUUCCAAACUGCUGGCAGAAAGCUACGGGGUUGCGGCCACCAUCGCGGAGAUCGGAGAACAGCUGGCCUGGCUAGGGGCAGCUAUGAAAACUCCACCAGAACAGAGCGGAGUCUUCUACUGUACGCCAACGAUCAGUAUGUUGCAGAAAGAUUUGCAUUGGUCUCAGUCUCAAGCCAAGCCGCGCUCACCCGGGAUUUCCUGCAAGAUUACAAUUGACGUGGAGAAGAUCCCAGUAACGCCAGCUACCAAUGGCCAGUGCUGGCAGGCUGUUUUCAAAGCCCCUGUAAUCGUGAGGGGAUAUCCAAUUCCUCAACGAGGCGAGUGGAACACGGGACUGGAGAUUCCUCUCGAUAUUAUGGCUAUGCUCGCUCAAGCACUGGAGCUUCAGGAGUUCAACGACAAGAUCUGCCUAAAAGGCUUCUCGACGAUGUUGGUCCCGGUCCGGCGCAGUGGGGAUAUUGUGUUCUGGCAUCUUCUUUAUAAAAGGGACGGAAGUCGAAUCUCGUAUCUCGAUAAUGAUCUGGAUCAAGACCAGGAAGUCGGUCGACUCGAUCUCCUAGAGAAUAAACGCCAUGUGCUCGGAUGGUGUUCGAGAGCGAAGCUCGUCAUUGGUGAGACCCCUUCCACUCCAAUCAAUUGCAAGUGUUGUUCGUCUGUCAAGCACUCAAGGCUUGGGAAGCCGAAACCAGGCGGCGCUCUCACUGGGAAGACAGUUAAGCGGAGAAGAACCGUGACGAUUGGGCCGGCUGUCUCUAUAGGUGCCAGGGAGUCGCCGGAUUGGCUCUCCAAUGGCUAUGUUGAACGGCUACAGUUCCUGAAAACCCGGUCCGUGCUCCUUUGGGAUAAGGACGGCGAGCGAGGCUGGAUAGUGAGCGGCACAGUUGCUCUGUUAUUUGCCUUGCAAGCAUUUCUGCAGGGCCCCUACAAAACCGCGGUUAUGUUUAAGAGCGAGGACUUCCAAAACUCAGGCGGGCCUCUAACCGCCAUGUCCGCCUUUGAGACGUUGAACAACCAUCACAACAAGGAACUCCUUUUGUAUAGCGAUGGUACUAAAUUGAAGAGCAAGAUUGAGGAUUUGUGCAGCCUGUUAGAGCAUCUCAUCGAACACCAAACCGACAUUGCGGGACCAUGUGGCAUCAAACUGAGCAAUAAACCACGAGGACAUCUUGAAGGCUGGGAGUUUGAAGAUGUGGCCGGGAUGGACCAGGACCCUUUGCAUCCGCGUGUUGCCGAGAUCGAGCCCCACGGCAAAGGUUGGGUAGACUUUACGAGGGCUAUCCAAGCUGUCACGUUGUUUGGGCGUGAUUUCGGCGAUAUUAUACAGCCGGAUGUGGAAACGUGCAGCAGAUGGGCCAGCUUACCUACGGGCCGAUAUUAUAUCGCUGUAUGUGUUUCUGAUUUGGACCGGGUGUUCAAAGAGCAUGGAUUUCUGAGCGACGGCCACAUCCGGCUCAGUGACAACUUGAUUUGGCAUACCCCGUCCGAACUCGUUUUCUGUCAAUGCCAGUAUGGCUCGAAGCAAAGGAAUUGUGAGCCGGUCCAGGCCGUUUUCCCCUUGUCUUUAUCAUUAUCUGAAUCUUUAAACCCUCGAGGGGACGAACUGCCAAAUGACGGCGCUCUCAUUUUUGGGCACAGUUCGCAAUUCUCAUGGAUCUGGGACGACUUGCAUCUCCCACGAAAAGGCCAGCUUGGUGACCCGGCCUCGAAGCUGCCAGCCUUGAAGUCGCCUAGUGAUAGCGGAAUUGGCUCAUCUCAGACGUCGUCUGAAUCUGAGUGCCAUGUCUCGUCUUUUUCAAAUCUAGGCAUUGGAUCAAUGGAGCUCCCAACAACCGGCGCCUGCAACAACUCUAUGCCUCCUAAUGUGUCAAAACUAGCCUACCAAACAUAUCCUAAACAUGCUUAUACGGUGGGGAUUUUGUGCGCGUUGCCGAAGGAAUUGAUGGCAGUUCGGGCGCUCUUCGACGAGAACUACGACCCCCCUGAGAAUGUCCCAGACGACGACCGCUACGUGUUUGGCAAGGUAGAGCACCACAUGGUCGUCGCCACAAGUCUUUCCAAUUGCGGGACCAACGAAGCGGCGUGUGCUGCGACUACUAUGAAACACGCGUUCAAUCUCCGAUUCUGUCUCUUAGUUGGGAUUGGAGGCGGCGUGCCUUCGCGAGACAACGAUAUUCGCCUUGGUGAUGUGGUUGUUGGCGAAGAAGUGGUCCAAUAUGACCUGGGCAAAAGGAAGAGGGGAGGCUUUGAAAUGAAACAAAAAACAUUACGGUGCCCACCGGACUUCCUGAUGAAUGCUAUCAGUACUCAAUUGAAGGCAAAUCCGAGCCCACAAAGUGAUCGGCUUAGGUGUUACCUCGAUACGAUCUCCAAAGUUUCUAAGCUGUUUUGCCACCAAGGAGAGGACCAGGAUGUUCUUUUCCAAUCAUGUUUCGAAUGCCCGCCGUCGGGAGAGCAAUGCCCCCAACAGCACCAGCAUAUGCCGUCGCAGCGAGAUCCGCGCCCGACCCUUGAACCCAAGGUUCACUACGGAAGGAUUGCAUCGGGAAAUCAAGUCAUCAAAGAUGCUGGGUUCCGCGAUGAGCAGGCAGAGAAACUCAACGCUAUAUGCUUCGAGAUGGAAGCCGCCGGGGUGGUUAACGCACUCCCUUGCCUUGUGAUCCGCGGCAUUAGCGAUUAUUGUGAUGAUCAGAAGAACGACGUUUGGCAGGAGUAUGCAGCCGCUACAGCGGCGGCGUAUGCGAAGCUUUUGCUUCACGUCGUGAAGAAACGGGAUAUGGACAAUGAUCCUCGUCGGCACUAG